AUGGAGGACACUGCGUUGGGUGCUACUUCACGGGGAGAUGAAAUGGGAGCUGAGAGCAUCGAAUGUGUAGAGAAGGACGCUGCUUUGGGAGGGUCCACGGGGAACGAUGGGGGGGAUAAUUUAUCCUGUGGGGAGUCCAAAGCGGAACGGGAAUCGCUCGCCGAACGGUGCGCCGAGGGAACCACAGGGGAGAAGUGCCAGAUGGGAGAAGCCCCAACGAGAGAGGCCCCAACGGGAGGACCCCCAGCAGGAGAAGCCCCAAUGGAAGAAGCCUCCGUGGGAGUAUCCCCAACGGGGGAGGGGUCCCUCGAGCGAAUUUGCCAGUAUAGCGAAAGGGACAAGUCCGAAGUAGGAGGCGCAUUGGAGGGAGAGAAGAGCCAUGUGAGGGGUAGCGAAAGCACCAUGGAAAGCCUCCCAGGCAUCAGUUAUGUGAAAGCGCAGGCGGGGGACCAAACAAAUGAUGAUGAUGAUAAAGCAAAAAAGAGGGAACCCGGCCAAGUGAGCGCGAAUAAUGGGGAACCCGGUCAAGUGAGCACGAAUAAUGGGGAACCCGGCCAAGUGAGCACGAAUAAUGGAGAACCCGGCCAAGUGAGCAAGAAUAAUGGGGAACCCAACCAAGUAAACACAAACGAGAACGACAAAAGAGAAAGUUGGCACUUGGACAGUGGGGAAAAACCAAACUGCUCAUUUGCGAAGCAGCCAAACAGCAGGACAAAGAGAGAGGACAUAAAGGAACAAUCGAAUAAAGAAGACACGAAUGGCAAUGUAAGAAAUUAUUACAGUGACAACUGUAUAAGUAAAGAUGAUUAUCAGAAUUCCAGUUCUCACCUCAGCUCAUCGGUGGAGGAUGAGGACUCGGAGGAAAUGAGCUCCAACGAGGGCUAUUCGGAUAGGAGUGAGGACUCCGGAGAUGGGAGGAGUUCAUCCGUCCUCAGUGAGGAUUAUGACGAGGAGGAAGAAGAGGAUGACGACGAGGAGGAUGACGAAGAUGACGAAGAUUACGAAGACGGAAAGGACGAAGAUGGAAACUGCGCCAAUGGCAACGGCGCAGAUGGCCAAAACACAGAGGAGAUGAAGUCCCAAGGAAAUGAGUUAUUCAAAAAGGGGGACUACAAGCAGGCCAUCUUUUACUACAAUAAGGCUUUAAAAAAAUGCAAGGAGAAAAGUACCAAGUCGAUUUUGUACUCCAAUAGGGCAGCUUGCUACUCACAUUUAGGGAACUGGAAUCAGGUGGUCGAAGACUGUAAUAAGUCUAUUAACUAUAAUGAGAGCUUUGUGAAGUCCUACAUCCGGAGGAGCAAUGCGUAUGAACAGCUGGAAAAAUAUAAUGACGCGUCGAACGACUUGAAUAAAGCCAUAUCUUUGGAUUCCUCUUUGCUGGCAAACUACGAAAUGAAACAGAAGAAAUUAAAGUACCUGGCUGAACAGCAGUUAAAUAAAGAAAAGGAAGAAAUGGUGGGGAAAUUAAAAGACUUUGGUAAUUUGCUGCUUGGGAAAGUGGGACUGUCACUUGAUAAUUUUGAAGUGCAAAAGAAUCCAAACAAUGAUGGCUCUUUUAACAUUCAAUUUAAGCAAAAUAAGUAG